AUGGUGAGUGAAUUUUCUCACGCAAGUCAUAAACUACCGCCUACCUGUUCUACAACAAAUGUUUGUCUCUCUUUUUUACAGACGUUGAAAAGGCGCAACAACGGUCGUAGCAAAAAGGGACGUGGACACGUCAAGCCUGUGAGAUGCACAAACUGUGCUCGUUGCGUCCCCAAGGACAAGGCGAUCAAGAAGUUUGUCAUCAGGAACAUUGUCGAAGCCGCAGCGGUCCGAGAUAUUGCUGAUGCUAGUGUUUACGAAGUCUAUGCUCUGCCUAAGUUGUACUGCAAACUUCACUACUGCGUGUCGUGUGCCAUCCACUCCAAGGUCGUAAGGAACAGGUCAAGGAUUGCGCGCAAGGACAGGACCCCACCCCCAAGGUUCAGGCCAGGAAUGAGGCCCGACUCCCAGGGAAAUCGUCCAGGAGGUGGUGGACAGGGUGGUCAGCAAGGCGGUCAGGGUGGUCCAGGUGGCCCACCAAAGCCAAACUAAAAUAAAAUGAAGUUUGUAUGUUAAAUAAUGUAUAAAAAUAAACAAAUGAAAGAAAUUUAA